AUGUUGAUCAGACCGUCUAAAGGGAAAGCGAAGCGUCAGGUCAGCAUGCUAUUCCUCAUAACACGGACAAAUGAUUCGGGCUUGCUGAAGUUAGCAUCCUUGCAGCAGACUGUCUGGCUGGAACUACCAAAGGGAAUGAGCAUGUCUGUCAUCGAAGAAUGUGCUCGAAAGGACUCGCCGUUUGGAUCCACCUCCAAUAAGGAUGACUAUAGGCGAGCACUGGAAGCGGAACUCGCCAGUAAUCACGCCGAUGUUUGCGAGGAUGCGGAUGCGGACGAGAAGACGAAGACGAAGAAAUUCGAAUGA